GUGGUUCUUUAACUAAUUUAUGAACCAUUUUGAUCCCAUAUGCAUAGAUUGCUGAUGAAUUAGAACGAGUGAAUGAGAAAUUGAGAAUGGAGAAGCACAAGUACAGCAUCAUAGUCCCAACCUAUAACGAACGCCUCAACAUUGCCCUCCUCGUCUACCUCAUCUUCAAGCAUCUCCGGGACGUUGACUUUGAGAUAAUCAUCGUUGACGAUGGAAGCCCGGAUGGUACUCAGCAGGUUGUUGAGCAAUUGCAGCAACUCUAUGGUGAAGAUCGGAUUCUGUUGAGAGCUAGAGCUAAGAAGCUUGGAUUAGGAACGGCUUACAUUCAUGGUUUGAAGCAUGCGUCUGGGAAUUUUGUUGUGAUCAUGGACGCGGAUUUAUCACACCAUCCAAAGUAUUUGCCAAGCUUCAUCAAGAAACAGUUGGAAACUGGUGCAAGUAUAGUUACUGGAACUCGUUAUGUCAAAGGUGGGGGUGUACAUGGGUGGAAUCUUAUGCGCAAAUUAACAAGUAGAGGAGCCAAUGUUCUGGCACAAACACUUCUAUGGCCUGGUGUAUCAGAUUUGACUGGAUCUUUUCGGCUUUACAGGAAAUCAGUGCUUGAAGAUAUCAUUAGUUCCUGUGUCAGCAAGGGCUAUGUCUUUCAGAUGGAGAUGAUAGUUCGAGCUUCUAGAAAAGGCUACCAUAUCGAAGAGGUUCCAAUCAGCUUUGUUGAUAGGGUAUAUGGAAUUUCAAAGCUUGGAGGAUCUGAAAUUGUUGAAUAUCUGAAAGGCCUUGCCUAUCUUCUCGUUACAACGUGAGAUCCGUAAAUUACAACACACAAAUAAUUUGUAAACCUUUUAAAGGUACUUUUUUAUUUGUAAGUUCUUAGUGAUAUAGAAGAGAUUUUACCGGGGCCACUAUAUAAACAAAUUUUAUAUCUUCUCUUUUGUUUAUGAGUAUUUUCUUGUAUCCUUACAUAUACUGCAACACUCUCACAAUGUGGCGUGAGAGUUACCACAUAGGGCAGCCUCACUCAAGAAUUUCGGCAAAAGUAGACAUCACAUUUCCACAUUUAGCCAUCUCUCGCUUUGUAAUAUUUUCAGCUUCCGUUAUUCUUGCAGCCAGCUCUUCCACUUCACAAAACUCUUCAUGAACUGCCGGAUAAAAUUGCCGGAACUCAGCAUGGUGGGAAUACUCUAAUCACGUGCGGUGCUACGUGCUGUCACCUGAUAGAAUUUGCUAACCAUAAUGCAUGGUGAUAGCAUAAGGGAGUUAAGAGGAGAGAUCGUGGUUAAAGCAUAGACUUGAUUGGCAAAAGAGUGAACAGUCGACACAAGCAAAAUUUGCAUUUGGGUUGGUUGGGAAAUAUAUCUGGCAUGACUCACUGUCUCUCCAAUCUCAUUUGACCGUGCUUUGUUCAUGUUCACCCUUCCGACAUUGUUGACGCGGUUUAAGUCUUGGCCAAAUUGUGUGAUUUGAAGAGACAAAAAUGUAAAGUUUCAUGAUAGAGAUACUAAUUAGGACGUGUUUAUGAGGCU